AUGGGGCUACAUAUGCUGGGUGUCAGGGUUGAAAUGGUGUGUCGAGGAAGUGGGAAUGGAUUGGGACUCAUGCUGUUAUUCUUACUGGAUUUACUGGGGACGACUGCCAGCAAUAUGGAGCCCAUCUACUGGAAUUCCCUCAACGAAAGGUUCAGAGACGACAAGGGCUACGUUCUGUACCCUCAGAUCGGGGACCGGUUGGACCUCAUCUGCCCGCCGCUGGACACCGCCAGGUCCACGCCGGAGUACGAGUUCUACAAGCUCUACCUCGUGUCGUCGCGGGAGCAGGCGGACCGCUGCGAGGUGAUGGGCCAGCCCAACAUCGUGCUGACCUGCGACGAGCCCACCCGCGAGCGCCGCUUCACCAUCAAGUUCCAGGAGUUCUCGCCCAACCUGUGGGGCCACGAGUUCAAGACGCUGCACGACUACUUCAUCAUCGCUACGUCAGAUGGGACGCGUCAAGGCCUGGAUGGCAUGAGAGGCGGAGUGUGUGCCACGCAAGGCAUGAAGGUGGUCCUGAAAGUGGGGCAGAGCCAAUACGGGCUGCCUCCGAAGAAGGAGCCGCCAGCAGGACGCACCACCAGCAGAAACCCAGGCGGAGCGGGGAACUCCACCCAGUCCCGAGGACCCAACAGCUUCGGGAACGAGGGCGGCGGCGAGAACGGGCCCCUGCAGCCCUCCAACAUCGCCCUCAUCGCCGGCGCUGCCGGAGGCUCCGCCUUCCUCCUGCUGGUGACGGCCGUGAUCUGCGUGGUGUGCUACAGGCGGCGGCACGCCAAGCACUCGGACACCCACCACCCGCCGCUGUCGCUGUCCUCGCUCACCAGCCCCAAGCGGGGAGGGGGCGGGGGCCUCGGCAGCUCCAACAACAACGGCUCGGAGCCCAGCGACAUCAUCAUCCCCCUGCGGACGUCGGACUCGGCCUACUGCCCGCACUACGAGAAGGUGAGCGGAGACUACGGACACCCCGUCUACAUCGUCCAGGAGAUGCCUCCUCAGAGCCCCGCCAACAUCUACUACAAAGUAUGAGACGGCCGCUGCUCUGGCCGCCUGGACACAUCCACCUCCCUCUAACCAUGACCAACCAAUCCCCUGCUCCACAGCAAAGCUCGCCAUCACAGCUCCGACGCUCAAUACGACCAGUAUUGUCCCAUGGACCCCCCCCAAUCCCUCCCUCACUGCCCCCGUGCGCCCGGCCACAGUUGUGUUUCUAGCUGAAUAAACCACCCCACCCCGUUCUCACACACCAAGUGUGUGUUAAGGGCAAAGUCGUAUUGGUACAUAGCCCUUCUUAACAAGGCCCUCACGUUUGGGCGAGAGCCUCUGAGUGCCCCCUUCUUGUUAACUCAGAGCUAAACGAGACCCACCCGAGCUCAAUUGAAGAGUCGUCCCCGUAACGCCAACGUGUGUGUGCGGCAACACACUUUAUUUCUAGGAGUAUGGACCUGGCGUUGGGACUUGAGAUGUUUUACAAAAGAAAAUAAAGACUACAAAAAAAAAAAACUACACCCUCGAUCCCACUUAGCGCCGGAGAACUCUGAUUCCCAGAGGCCAUACCUGCCUAGCCCACCGCCCCCCAUGCCCCUGCCCCUCAGAGCUCCAUCAGCCAACCAGAGACCGGCCCCUGCCACUAACUCACCAAUAGGAUUCUAGUUUGUUUGUGUUUGUUUCUCCUGAGAAAACGAGGGGCCUCGGACUCACCCAAUCAGCAAGGCCCCGGGCGGCGGUCACAUGACCUGGCCCGGGCGGCGGUCACAUGACCUGGCCCAGGCCUGAGGAGCCAAUCGGUGACACUCAGAAUCUUGUAUAUUUUAAUAAUGUGUGUGUGUGUGUGUGUGCGUGACUGCGCGAGUGUGCAUACAACUUGGAUAAUAAUUAUGGCGCUGCUGCUCCACAUUAGACGUGUGCGUGCAGUUGCUUCAGUACAGCAAGUUUGCAUAUGAGUUUGCAUAUGCGCGCGUGGGGUUUUAGUUUGUGUGCGCUUUGCGUGUGAGUGACUGUGCGUACGCGUGCGUUCUUUAGACUUGUCUUAAAUACCAAAACACAAAAUAGUGAGCGAAUAUCAAAAAAAAAGUGAGAUUUUUUUAUCGCUAUCAACACUUAUAGAUUAUAUAUAUGAAUAUCCAGUAAAUAAUUUCUAGAUGGUUUUUUUUUUCUAUUGUUUUAUUAUUUUUACCCACUCUGUUAAACUACACUUCUGUUGCUAGACAUUUUUUUUUUCUUUAUCUGCUGUUUUUUGUUUUUCACAACUUAGAACGACCUUGUUUCCUUUCCUUUUUCCCUUUUGCGUUGUAUAUUAAUUUAAUCCCUUUUUUAAAAAAAAAAACUCUCCCGGCGAACAGAGGUUGUGUCUCUCUUCCUCUCUUCCCUCUCUCAUUCACUCCCUCCCUCCCUUUUUCUCCCCCCCUUCCCUCCCCCCCACCCUCUCUAGGGUCUCUGAACUCUGUGUAUAUUUUUAUAGCUCCUUGUACUAUGCUGUAGUUUUGAAGUUUAGACCUCGUUUGUGGAAGUGUUGAGGUAGAACCAUCUAUGAAAGUUUUUUUUUUUUUUUUUUUUUUUUUCAAAUGCUUUUUUUGAAACGCAGAAGUGAAAAGAAGUGAGGGGCGGGGGUGGGGUGACGGGGGGAAAGGGGUGGGGGAGGGGUGAGAGGGGAUGAAAUGAAAAAGAAGAAUAAAGGGAAAAGAACAGGGCGAGAGAGAGUGCUGUCUGGGGAGGAGGAAUAAAGCGGCGUCUGAAUGCAGAACUUUAAAAAAAAAAAAAGAGAGAGAGAAAGAGAGGGAGGGAGACAAGGGAAGAAAAGACUGUGAAGGAAUUGCACACUAAAGAAAAAAAAAAAGAAGCUGAGGGGAGGGGAGGAUGGGAGCGGCAGGAGUGAGAGAUGAAGGAUCUCAAGGAAGGAAGGACGGAGAGAGCAGAAGUGGCUGGCGAAGGAGAGAAACAUUUUCUUUGAAACGGAGGGUCUGGACGAUGGACCAACAGCCUGAAACAGAUUGAACUUUUAACCACGGAAAGGAGAGAUCUCAUCACACACACACACACACACACAUCUUCUGUGACUCAGUAAUGUUAACGUGAGGUGGCACAUUUCAGAUUUGCUCCUCUUUUCCGCCAACAUUUGUGUUGAAAUGCAUCUCUGUAUCUGUUUAUUACAAAGGCACACUGCUAGCCGCGGGCACACACACACACACACACACACAGGAGAACCCCCCCUCUCUGUUUGACACACACACACCCCCUCCCACUCAAACCUAACGCAGAUUUCACACCUUUUAAUGACUGUCACAAAUGCCUCCUGAUUGCAUUUAACGACAUACAUUCUCUCUCGCCACCGCUUAGCUUUUUUCUCACACACUUUUCACCCACACCUCGACGGAAACGCUGAUUGCUUUCAUAUGACUCUAUUUCUGUGAUUAAGACUAACCCGAUGGACGCGGGAGGGGUGAAAAGAGCGCUUGUGUGCUGGUGUGUUUUCUCCUCUCUUUCACACACCCUCACACACACACACACACACACAGACACACACAAACACGCCAGUGCCCAGCACCUCGACCUCGAGGGCGAUAACACAACGCUGUGUUCAGAGGUGCAAUAUGUUCACAUGUGCAUACUAGAAAAAAAAAGAAGCUGUUUUUGUGUUGCUCAAACAUGUUUAUGGCUUAAUGUGUAAAAUGGGUGGCGGCGGAGAGCUUUUUAUUUUCUUCAGACACACACAUAAGGCCUCCAGUGAUGUAGCCAUGUUUUCUGUGUGACGCCAGUGUUAAAUCUGGACCUUACGACAUUUCUCAACCGUGUUUCGUAUCAGUAUCUAACAUCAUGUAAUUGAGAUAUCUUUUAAGUGUCACAUUCGUCCGAAUUGUUCAACACAUGACGAUGAUUUUUAUACCAUGAGUUUUGGAUUGUAUUUGACUGUAUCGAAAAUUGAUUUCAAAGAUGAAACGAGGGGGAAAAAACACCUCAAAUUCUUCUUUUUGUACAACAACAAUGUGUUUUUUUUAUGUAUGCUGUUAAGUCUGUGUCUAUUUAAACAUGCUCAGAGUACCUAAAAUAUCCUCCAAGCCAAAUGAAGUGUCUGUUUCUCUCUCUUCAACAACUCUUUGGAGCACUCCAAUCCAAAAUGACAGUAUUUUUUUUGGUUCAAAAACGGCUGCAGGCUCGCGAGGGGGACUCUUCUCGGACUUUUGCGACUCCGACGAAGACGCCAACCGCUCCGUUUUCAGUCCAUUUCGCUCCCUCUACCCUCGUCCUCUCAGCAGAAUGUCAAGUAUCUCUUGGACUUUUUUUUUUUCUUCUUCUUCUAUUGUUUGAUUUCCAUGUCGAUGUUAUUUCAAAGUCGUGUCUCUGGCUCUCACUGUUUGUGUUUGAGCGGUCGACUCGACGUGUUCUUAAAAAAAGGCACGGACCCAGCCGCCGCUCGUCAAAAAGAGAAAGAAGAAAGUGCUGUUUCUAUGGAACGGGGGAGGAAAAAAAAGACGCAGCUACCUACCGCCUAGCUCCCUCACCUCUCCGUUGGUGAAAGUGUGUGUGCGUACACGUGUGUGAGUGUGUGUUUUCUUUGUGCCAAUAGACAGCAACAAGGCGGAGGCCGCGGAGCGAGGUGGUUUCUCGUAUGUAAACGUGUUGAGACUUUGUAUUUGGGACACCUCUGUGUGAGAAGGGUUUUUUUGUGUCCUCUCCUCCUCCUCUCCUCCUUUUACCCCCUUGUCUACUCAUCACGGCGACCCCUUUCCUCCCCUCCCUCCCC